GAGUCGGCGUCCGGCCGGCGGUGCGGUGGGGACGGGACCCGGCGGGACCGAGCGGGGGGCCAUGGAGAAAGCGGCCCGCGGCGCCGCGCACACCGACUAGAGCCGGCGCCCGACGCCGGCGCCAUGGACCGAGCGCCGGCCGAGCAGAAUGUCAAACUGUCUGCUGAAGUAGAGCCAUUUAUUCCCCAGAAGAAGAAUCUGGAUGCGUUUGUGCUCCCUAUGGCUCUCCCAAACGAUAAUGGAAGCAUUUCUGGUGUCGAGCCAACGCCAAUCCCCAGUUAUCUGAUUACCUGUUACCCAUUUGUCCAGGAAAACCAGUCCAAUAGACAAUUUCCUUUAUAUAACAAUGAUAUACGAUGGCAACAGCCCAGCCCGAACCCUACUGGACCCUACCUUGCCUACCCCAUUAUAUCUGCUCAGCCACCUGUGUCCACAGAGUACACCUAUUACCAGCUGAUGCCAGCGCCCUGCGCCCAAGUUAUGGGCUUCUACCACCCUUUUCCUGCACCUUACUCCAGCACCUUCCAGGCUGCGAACACUGUCAAUGCCAUAACCACAGAAUGCACGGAGCGUCCACAUCAGCUGGGGCAGGCCUUCCCGUUGUCCAGUCAUCGGAGCCGGAACGGUAACAGAGGGCCGGUAGUGCCAAAACCACAGCUUUUACAACAACAUAUAAAAAACAAAAGACCGCAGGUGAAGAAUGUGGCCACUCAGAAAGAAACAAGCUCAGCAGGUCCCGAUAACCGAUCCAAGAUUGUGCUUCUGGUGGAUGCUUCCCAGCAGACUGAUUUCCCAUCAGACAUUGCUAAUAAGUCUCUCUCAGAGAGCACAGCCACAAUGCUCUGGAAAGCCAAAGGCAGGAGGAGGAGAGCCUCCCACCCUGCUGCAGAGUCCUCCAGUGAGCAGGGGGCCAGCGAAGCUGACAUCGACAGUGACAGUGGCUACUGUAGCCCCAAGCACAACAACCAGCCUGCGGCAGGCGCUCUGCGGAAUCCUGAUCCUGGGACCAUGAAUCAUGCGGAAUCAUCAGGCUGUACAGGUGGUGUAAACUGGCCCAAAGUAACUUGCCAGGCAAUCCAGAAAAGACCGUGGAUGGAAAAACACCAGGCAUUUUCUAGAGGGGGAAGGCAGACUGAACAGAGAAAUAAUUCACAGGCUGGAUUCCGAUGCCGAGGACAUAGCACUUCCUCAGAAAGAAGACAGAAUUUGCAAAAGAGACAAGACAAUAAGCACUUAAACUCUGCUCAGUCUCACAGAAAUGACCUAAAUUCUGAGUCUUUAUAUUUUGAGGAUGAAGAUGGGUUUCAAGAACUAAGUGAGAAUGGAAAUUCUAAAGAUGAGAAUAUUCAACAGAAACUGCCUUCAAAAGUAUUGGAUGACUUACCUGAAAACUCACCCAUCAAUAUAGUUCAGACUCCAAUUCCCAUUACCACUUCGGUUCCUAAACGAGCCAAGAGUCAAAAGAAGAAAGCAUUAGCUGCAGCCCUUGCCACAGCACAAGAAUACUCAGAAAUAAGUAUGGAGCAAAAAAAACUGCAGGAAGCUUUAUCAAAAGCAGCUGGAAAGAAGAAUAAGACCCCUGUGCAGCUAGAUUUAGGGGACAUGCUAGCUGCUCUGGAGAAGCAACAGCAAGCCAUGAAAGCUCGCCAGAUCACCAACACCAGACCGCUCGCGUAUCCAGUCGCCGCCGCCGCCGCAGCUGCCUUCCACACUAAAGACACUGCUAACAGAAAGCCUUUAACCAAAAGCCAGCCCUGCUUGACGUCCUGCAACUCUCUGGACGUGACUUCCUCUAAAGCGAAGAGAGGGAAAGAGAAGGAAAUGGCAAAGCUAAAACGGCCCACAGCGCUCAAAAAGGUUAUUUUGAAAGAAAGAGAGGAGAAGAAGGGACGUCUGAUUGUGGAACACAGUGUUUUGGGAGCUGAGGAGCCAACAGAAACGCAUUUGGACCUCACCAGUGACUUGCCUCAGGAGACUGUCUCCCAGGAAGAUACUGGACUGAGCAUGCCCAGUGAUGCUUCAUUGUCUCCAGCAAGUCAGAACUCUCCGUACUGUAUGACACCUGUGUCGCAAGGCUCUCCUGCCAGUUCUGGCAUAGGCAGCCCGAUGGCAUCGUCAACGAUAACCAAAAUCCACAGCAAAAGAUUUCGAGAAUAUUGUAAUCAGGUUCUCUCUAAAGAAAUCGAUGAAUGUGUGACCCUCCUUCUGCAAGAGCUUGUCAGUUUCCAGGAGCGCAUCUACCAGAAGGACCCCGUGAGAGCCAAAGCCAGGCGGCGGCUGGUCAUGGGGCUGAGGGAGGUCACCAAGCACAUGAAGCUGAACAAGAUCAAGUGUGUCAUCAUUUCCCCAAACUGUGAGAAGAUCCAGUCAAAGGGUGGCCUGGAUGAGGCCCUCUACAAUGUCAUAGCCAUGGCCCGGGAACAGGAGAUUCCUUUUGUGUUUGCCCUUGGAAGGAAAGCUUUGGGACGCUGUGUGAACAAGCUGGUUCCUGUUAGUGUUGUGGGAAUCUUCAACUAUUUCGGUGCUGAGAGCCUGUUUAAUAGACUGGUGGAGCUCACCGAGGAAGCCAGGAAGGCCUAUAAGGACAUGGUUGCUGCAACAGAGCAGGAGCAAGCGGAGGAAGCCCUGAAGAGCGUGAAGACGGUGCCUCACCACAUGGGCCACUCCCGGAACCCCUCUGCGGCCAGCGCCAUUUCUUUCUGCAGCGUUAUUUCUGAGCCCAUUUCCGAAGUGAAUGAAAAGGAGUAUGAAACUAAUUGGAGAAGCAUGGUCGAGACUUCAGAUGGCUUAGAAACAUCAGAGAACGAGAAAGAGCUUCCCUGUAAGCACGGCCCUUCUGAGAAGCCCAGUAAACUUGCACUCGACACAACCCUUGUGAGUAAGCAGCCGCCGCUGGCUGCGGGCAGCACUACCUCAGCGCCAAGCCAGGGGAAAGCCGUAGGUGACAAGGAUGACCUGAAGCCAGAUGACCUGGAGUGGGCCUCCCAGCAGAGCACAGAGACGGGCUCCUUGGAUGGCAGUUGCCGAGAUCUUUUGAAUUCCUCCAUCACCAGCACCACCAGCACGCUUGUACCUGGUAUGCUUGAAGAAGAGGAUGAUGAAGAAGAGGAAGAGGAGGAAGAUUAUACUCAUGAACCCAUAUCAGUCGAAGUGCAACUCAACAGUAGAAUUGAGUCCUGGGUCUCGGAGACCCAGAGGACUAUGGAAACGCUUCAGCUCGGCAAGGCCCUGCCUGGCUCCGAGGAAGACAACGCAGAGCAAAGCGGAGAGGAAUCGGCAGAAGCACUUGAGGGGCUGGAAUCGGGGGUGGACAGUGAGACCUGGACCCCUGACCAGCAGCCGAAACCCAGCAACUCUGUGAACAAAGAGCACUCUGACUCCAGUUCUGCUCCCCCAAAUCUAUAACUCAGGAAGUGUCAGCUGUCUCCAGCUGUGUCUGGCUGCAGCCCUGUAUCUGACGCUCCAUCUCAACAUUUUCCACUGUCCAGUUAUUUACUGUGUUUUUAAUUCCCAACAGACCUUUUGUAGCUCCUGCCUAUUUUGUUACAAUCUCUAGCUUCGCUUUUAACUAGUGUCCAAGUCUAUUUCUAAGAAUUGUGUAGAAAAUUCAGACUUCUUUCAACUUACUUUGUACUGAAAAAUAAUGAUUAAAGAAAGAAGACCAAAUUCUAAAGAAAAAAAUAAACAACUAAUGGCUAGUUAAGAUGAUUUUACAAACUGAAGAUUGAGAUUAUAAGGACCAGUGUUUGAUUGCAGACUCCAUCUCCUUCAGGAUAAUUUGUCUGUUGGAGUGGUGUAAGCAGCUUUUGAAAAGUGCUGGAGGGGACUAAAAGUCGAGGGCAGCAAGGCUGCCCAGUGUGCGUAUUCAAAAAUGGAUGCAGGUUUUGCUUGGUCCGCAAUGUUUAUUUCAGAAGCCACUGGCCAUUGUAACCCACAAAAGUCGGGAUGGGCUGAAACAGCCUGCAGGAGUUAGGUGAGCUCUGGAGCGUUACCGUGCUGGCCUCGUUGUGGAGAGGGAUGGAUGUUUGUAAGAGCAGUCACCAUGGUGCGACUUGCCAGGUUCUAUCUAACAUUUGCCUCUUACCUCAGGAAUGCUCUUGUACAUAGUAUGUAAAGUUAGGCAGACGAUGACAGGUGACUAGUGUACAGGUUUGUAUUACCAUAGCACUUCCCGUGGACACCGGAAGCAAGGCUAUCCUGCUGUGUUCUACUGCUUGCUUUUGCUUUAGGACCCUCUUGUUUUGAGGCAUGGAUCUGUUUGCAUAUUCAAACAAAUCCACAUUGUAAGUCAUUUCAUCUUUUAAAAUGCACCUUCUUCAUGGCAAGAAGCACAGUUCCAGGAAGUCAGGAAAGUCCUUUUGCACAGUUUGUGACAUGUUCAGGUAAGGCUUGGAAGAAGCUGUAGAAGAAAAGAGAAGGUUAUUCUAAUUGUGCAGAUCCUUCAGAUGAUUUAUCAUAUGCAAGCAUAUGCAGAAAUUAAUUUUAUUCAUGGUUAUUUAUCUCUACCCUUCUCGACUGUGUGUGUGUGUUUGGAAGAAUCUUAACUUAAUGAGCUGUUCCGUUUGCUGUCCAGCUGUCACCAGGAUUCUGCUGUCUGCAAGUUUCUAUAAGGAGGUGGAAGAAUCAUACAUCACCGUCUUUUGUCUUCAUCUCCUCUCCUUUCCCCCAGCUACCAGUACACAGAUAGACACAUGAGCUUUCUCCCUACGAGCUCCCAGAAGCAGGCACCAGCCACGAGUACUCAUCCCUGGUCAUGCCAUGCAGGACUUUGCCUCUCGGAGACAGGAGACAAGUUAGAGAAAGUCUUUGCUGAAAUAAUUGGGACCUACUGUGGAGCUCUGAGGUUUUAUAAUGCUGGAGAGAUGAGAUCCUUGGCUAAUGGCAUAGUAUUUGCAAAUUGUGAAAGUUUAGGAGCAUUGCUUUAUUUAAAAUAAAUGUCAGUCAACUUGAUUAGUGUGCUAAAGGGGACAGUAGUAUACCGUCCAGUCUAAACUGUUGUCCAGUGUAGACUCUAGGCACUAAUCAUCUGAUACUUCAGUUAGACGUAAGGAAUGAAGCUGACAGUGUGAUUUUCAUGGGCCGAUUCUUACUGUCUGCAUAUUUGAAAGCCUUAACUUGUUUAAAGAGAUGAUAGAGGUUUUGAACGACUGGCAAUCUUGAAAGUGGAUUUGAAAACUUUUCCUACUUUUCAUGAUGUUAUUUUCCUGUUGAUGUCAGUAGUUCAGAUCGCUCUUGAUCUUGAGGUAGUGGCUUUUCAAAGAUUUCUUGUAUAUUUUAUUCUCUUCUGGACGUGGAUCAUCAUUUUAGAGUUUGGACACUUGUACCAAAAGAGAAGUUGAGGAAAUCUUGGAAACGCCAGCAACUUACUUUUGCUGUAGUUGUUAGAAGUGCAGUGAGUGCCCUCUCAGAGGCAGUGGCUUUCCUGCCACAAAUCUAAGGGACCACAGACUUUAUACAGGAAACUGGUCACUUCUAGAGGACAGCCCAAAAUUUAUCAAAGGAAGUUCUACCAUGCUGAAUAACCUUAAAUACGCAUCCGCAAUGUCUUUAUAAUCUGUUUCCUUUGGGUAAAUUUGGGGCUGUUGGUGUAUAUUGAAUUCCAGGCUUUAGAGGAGGUAUGAGAAAUAGGAAAGUCUUAUUUUUGGAAGUAGGUGUCAUUCACUCUUUGAGACUUAGAAGUAAAUCUAAUGGUAAGAAUACGAGUUUAUCGGCACAAGAAUUAAAAACUGAUUUUUUCCUUAGUGUGUAGAUGUAGUUUUACUGGCAAUAAUUAGUAGUAGACUUCUAUCAGUACAUGAACUACAGUAUAAAUUACGCUCCCCUAGUUUGACUCCCUCUUUGGUAGGCUUGCUUGUUGUGAAGAUCACUCCUCAAAGGCAGAUGUUCAUAAUAGCUUAAUUGGUUUUAAUCUUUGUAAAUGAUGUAAUAUAAUUUCUUUUGACUAAACAUGGAAAAAUAACAUGUGUUAUACAUUGAAAAGUUUUUACAGGCUUUGACUGGAAUCAUUUUUGAAGAGACGGUAUUUUAUAUGCUUCCAGUAUUUGGAAAAGAAUUAGUCAAAAGGAAUUCAAAUAAUUUAAAUAUUGACAAAUUAAUAUCCAAAUAACAUACUUGUGUGAUUUUUUUAAUAACCAGGGGAAAGUGGGGGUGGGUGGGAAUUACAAUGUGCAAAUAAAGAGUGACCUUUGCAUUCAUUUUCGACUCUUAACACAAAACUGCUAAAUCGUAACACAUUGUUACUCUUAAUACAUGUAUAAAGUAUUACUGUUUGUAAAGCUGCUGUUUGCUUAAGAAAUUAUCAUGUAAGUAUUUUCUGUACAUUGUGCCAACAGAUUAGAACAUUAAUUUAAUUUGCUGAAAGCUUAUCCUUUUAUUUAAUUUUUUUCUGUGGAAUAUUUUAUUUGCAAACAUCUUUCCUUCUCCCUUCUCCCUUUCGGCCUUUGUACACAUCAUAGAUUCUGCAGAAUCUAAACCCGACCCCUGUUUAAUGAUAACAUUUAAACUUGGUUGGCACAUCACACCUUAAAAGUAUUUGGGUUUUUUUGUAAUUUAAUUUCUAAAUAUACCACCUGAAUUUAUAAUUUAAUGUCUUAAUUGUAAUGCUCUAAUAAAAACUAGCAAAAUUAGUGGAUUAUACCAAAAGAGGAUUUCUGUGUUCUUUUUCUGUGUGAAGGAUAAACAUUGUCUCACAUUCUGAGGUUAAUAACAGCCUUUUUGCACUUUGUAAGUACUAGUGGGGUCUUCUCUGCUAAUAAAGUGGUUAUUGAAAUGCA